AUGCCAGGCCUAGCUGUCCUGGGCCUCAGCCUAGCUGCACUCCUGGGCCUUGGGAUGGGGGCCUCCUUGUGCCUGUCACAGCAAUUCAAGGCACAAGGGGACUAUAUACUGGGUGGGCUAUUUCCCCUGGGCUCAACCGAGGAGGACACCCUCUACCAGAGAACACAACCCAAUGGCAUCUUGUGCACCAGGUUCUCAUCCCUUGGUCUGUUCCUGGUCAUGGCUAUGAAAAUGGCUGUGGAGGAGAUCAACAAUGGAUCUGCCUUGCUUCCUGGGCUGCGCCUGGGCUAUGACCUGUUUGACACGUGCUCAGAGCCCAUGGUCACCAUGAAGCCCAGUCUCAUGUUCCUGGCAAAGGUGGGCAGUCAAAGUAUUGCUGCCUACUGCAACUAUACACAGUACCAACCCCGUGUGCUGGCUGUCAUUGGGCCCCACUCAUCAGAGCUGGCCCUUAUUACAGGCAAGUUCUUCGGCUUCUUCCUCAUGCCACAGGUCAGCUACAGCGCCAGCAUGGAUCGGCUAAGUGACAGGGAAACAUUUCCAUCCUUCUUCCGCACGGUGCCCAGCGACCGGGUGCAGGUGGAGGCUAUUGUGACUCUGUUACAGAACUUCAGCUGGAACUGGGUGGCUGCCUUAGGUAGUGACGAUGACUAUGGCCGGGAAGGUCUGAGCAUCUUUUCUGGCCUGGCCAAUACGCGAGGUAUCUGCAUCGCACAUGAGGGCCUGGUGCCCCUGCAUGGCACCAGUGGCCAACAGUUUGGCAAGGUGCUGGAUGUGCUCCACCAAGUGAACCAAAGCAAAGUGCGAGUGGUGGUACUGUUUGCCUCCUCCCGUGCUGUCCACUCCCUUUUUGGCUACAGCAUCCAUCGUGGCCUCUCACCCAAGGUAUGGGUGGCUAGUGAGUCCUGGCUGACCUCUGACCUGGUCAUGACACUCCCCAAUGUUGCCCGUGUGGGCACUGUGCUUGGGUUUCUGCAGCGAGGUGCCCCGCUCCCCGAAUUCUCCCAUUAUGUGAAGACCCGCCUUGCCCUGGCUGCUGACCCAACAUUCUGUGCCUCACUGAAUGCUGAGUUGGACCUGGAGGAGCAAGUGAUGGGACAACGCUGUCCACAGUGUAACCACAUCAUGCUGCAGAACCUGUCAUCCGGAUUGCUGCAGAACCUAUCAGCUGGGCAGUUGCACCACCAGAUUUUUGCAACCUAUGCAGCUGUGUACAGUGUGGCCCAGGCCCUUCACAACACCCUACAGUGCAAUGUCUCAAGUUGUUCCACAUCAGAGCCUGUUCGACCCUGGCAGCUCCUGGAGAACAUGUACAACAUGAGUUUCCAUGCUCGAGACUUGACGCUGCAGUUUGAUAAUAAUGGGAAUGUACACAUGGAGUAUGACCUGAAGAUGUGGGUGUGGCAGCGCCCUAUACCUGUGUUACAUACUGUGGGCUCUUUCAAUGGCACCCUUCAGCUGCAGCACUCCAAGAUGCACUGGCCAGGGAACCAAGUGCCAGUGUCCCAGUGCUCCCGGCAGUGCAAAGACGGGCAGGUGCGCAGAGUAAAGGGCUUCCAUUCCUGCUGCUAUGACUGUGUGGACUGCAAGGCAGGCAGCUACCGGAAGCAUCCAGAUGACUUCACCUGUACCCAAUGUAAUCAGGAUCAGUGGUCCCCAGAGAAAAGCACAGUCUGCUUACCUCGCAGGCCUAAGUUCCUGGCUUGGGGAGAGCCAACUGUGCUGUUACUACUCCUAAUGCUUUGCCUGGUGCUAGGCCUAGCACUGGCCUCCCUCGGGCUCUUUGUCCACCACUGGGACAGCCCUCUUGUCCAGGCCUCAGGUGGGUCACUCUUCUGCUUUGGCCUGGUCUGCCUAGGCCUCUUCUGCCUCAGUGUCCUUCUGUUCCCAGGACGGCCGAGCCCUGCCAGCUGCCUUGCUCAACAGCCAUUGGCUCACCUUCCUCUCACAGGCUGCUUGAGCACACUCUUCCUGCAAGCAGCUGAGAUCUUUGUGGAGUCUGAGCUGCCACUGAGCUGGGCAAACAGGCUGCGUAGCUGCCUUCGGGGCCCCUGGGCUUGGCUGGUGGUACUACUGGCCAUUCUUGUGGAGGCAGCACUAUGUACCUGGUACUUGACAGCUUUCCCACCAAAGGUGAUGACAGACUGGCAGGUGCUACCCACAGAGGUACUGGAACACUGCCACAUGCAUACCUGGGUAAGCCUGGGCUUGGUACACAUCACCAAUGCAAUGCUGGCCUUCCUCUGCUUCCUGGGCACUUUCCUAGUACAGAGCCAGCCUGGUCGCUACAACCGCGCCCGUGGUCUCACCUUUGCCAUGCUAGCUUAUUUCAUCACCUGGGUCUCUUUCGUGCCCCUCCUGGCCAAUGUGCAGGUGGCUUACCAGCCAGCUGUACAGAUGGGGGCCAUUCUGCUCUGUGCUCUGGGCAUCCUGGCCACCUUCUACCUACCCAAGUGCUAUGUACUUCUGUGGCUGCCGAAGCUCAACACCCAGGAGUUCUUCCUGGGAGGGAGCCGCAAGGAAGCAGCAGACGGGAGCAACAGUGGGGGAGGUGGUGGUGGUGACUCGGGGACAAUGAGUGACCGCUGA